AUGGGUAGUAGUGAUACUGAUGACGAUGGCCUUGAUAUUAUAAAGACAUCGCGUAAAGAUUUAGAUAUUUCUCAGUACAUAGAUGUCCUGGCGCAAACUCAGACUCAGUCGCAGAGUGUAGAUGUAGAGUGUGAAGAAAGAAACGCGGAAGAGUCAAGUACAGAGGAUGAUGAAGCUUUCCAGCAGUUCCAGGACCCAAGAACCAAAAAUGCAAAUGACUCUGAUACCAACGACGCUGGUGAAGGGUCUGAGUGGUCUGAAGAAGACACCAGAGCUGUCUACCAAAACUGGAAAGAGCGCAGAACUCUCAAAAGAAAGCGUGUGGCUGCUGAAACUAACCGGAUCCGUGUCGAGAAGAGGUCAAAAGCUGCAGCUGCUGCGAGCAUCGUGGGUCGUAAGCCUCCGUCUAGGAAACGUCAAGGCGACGGCCCUAUAGGAUUCAGCACCGACUCCUUAGCGGAUGACAGUGCCGCAACAGCAUUUCUGGAUGAUCCAAUUCCCGACUACAUACUCUCGAGACAACAAGCUUUUAGAAAACUCCACGAAGCUGGCCUACGGUACCCCCCCAACUACCAGGAUAUAGACUUUUCCAACUCAGAAACGGCAGAAAAGCCACAACUAGACAAAGCGAUCAAGCCACAGAGGGAAAAGAAAGACAUAAUGCUUCGCAGGUCGCAAGGUGUUAUACCAGCACCUAUCGCGCAAUGGCUGCGUGAUUACCAAGUGGAAGGCGUUCAAUUUCUACACGAGAAAUUCGUGAAGCAAACAGGCGCCAUACUUGGCGAUGAUAUGGGCUUGGGAAAGACCAUUCAAGUCAUCGCAUUUCUGACAGCCGCAUUCGGAAAGACGGGUACUGAACGUGACGCCAAGUGUAUGCGUAAGAUCCGUCGCUUUGGCAAGAAUCGGUGGUAUCCUCGCAUCCUCAUUGUCUGCCCUGGCACGCUGAUGCAGAAUUGGGAAGAUGAACUUUCGAAGUGGGGUUGGUGGGAAGUGUACCGAUAUCAUGGCUCCAGCGCAGCAGAUCGUAAGGGCGUCCUUAGUGCUGCGGCAAAGGGGAUGCUAGAGAUCAUGAUUACGACAUACACUACAUACCGUAACAACGAGAGCGAGAUCAACACAGUGGAUUGGGAUUGCGUCAUUGCAGACGAAUGCCACCAGAUCAAGAGUAAGGAUGCGGAGAUAACAAAAGCUAUGAACAAGAUCAACGCACUUUGUCGCAUCGGCCUGACAGGUACUGCCAUACAAAACAAGUACGAAGAAAUCUGGAAUCUUCUUAACUGGGCGCGGCCUGGAGCGUAUGGUUCAUCUCAAGAGUGGAAGCAGAAGAUCAGUCUUCCGCUGAAGAUGGGCCAGGCUCACGAUGCUACGAAUGCUCAGCUUGCGGAUGCGCGAAGUCGGGCUCAGGAUCUCGUGCAAAAGAUCCUACCAAGUGUGUUUCUCCGACGAAUGAAGACUCUUAUUGCCGAUCAACUACCUAAGAAGAGUGAUCGCGUCGUCUUCUGCCAGCUCACCCAAACCCAAGCUGAUGCGUACCGCACCUUUCUCGAGAGUGAUAGGUGUGAGUUCAUUAGCACUGCAAGGGAAGAAUGCGGCUGUGGAUCGGGGAAAGGCAGGGGCUAUUGCUGUCAUGUCAACGUUCCGGAUGAGGAUGAGAAAUGGGCAGCGUUCAUCUUCCCGUGCAUGGUCACUUUUCAGAAACUCGCCAACCAUCUUGCCCUCAUCGUGCCGCUAUCGACUGAUUCUGCAGAGAAACAAGCCAAAGAUUUGAAGACACUGGAGUUGGCAUGUCCCGAUACGUACAAAGAUCUCUUCCGAAUCCGCGAUAACAUUCUAGUGCAGUCGCAACGAGAGUUUUGUGGGAAAUGGAAGGUGUUGAGGCGUCUGUUGGAUUUUUGGCAUUCGAAUGGCGACAAGGUCCUGAUAUUUUCGCAUUCGGUCCGUCUCUUGCGGUUGCUGAGAGGCUUGUUCGAUGUCGAUGGCACAAAGUACAACUUCUCGUAUCUCGACGGUAGCAUGAAGUACGAGGAGCGUUCGCAAGCCGUUGCAGACUUCAAUGCAGACCCGAACCAAUUUGUGUUUCUCAUAUCCACCAAGGCUGGUGGUGUCGGUCUCAACAUCACGUCUGCCAACAAGGUCGUCGUUAUGGACCCUCACUGGAAUCCAGCGUACGAUCUUCAAGCACAGGAUCGCGCUUACCGCAUUGGCCAGACAAGGAAUGUUGAAGUGUUUCGCCUGGUGUCGAGUGGUACUAUUGAAGAGGUCGUCUAUGCUCGUCAGAUCUACAAGCAACAGCAAGCAAACAUUGGCUACAAUGCUUCGGAGGAGCGACGUUACUUCAAAGGCGUAAUGGACGAGUCUAGCAAAAAGGGCGAGCUCUUUGGUCUUGAAAAUCUGUUCAGCUUUCAAGAAGACAGCGUGCUACUUCGCGACAUCAUGCAUAAGACUAACGUAGCCGAGUCCAAAGCCGGUGUAAAUGCCUACGACUUUCACGUCGAUGAAUCGCAGUUCGACUCGGAAGACGAAGAUAUACUUUCGAACAAGAAUCUUGGCAUUGAUGACAAUGCCAAUAUCGCUGGGAUAAAGAAACUGGCUGAUUCCUUCCUCUCGACUUCCAGUGCUGGUAGCAAGCCAGGCAGUAAGACCAAACACGGCGGGACCGAUCCGAUCAAUGCCAUUCUUGCCAAAGCAGGUGUAGAAUACACCCACGAAAACUCCGAAGUCAUUGGGCGCAGCGAGAUAGAGGCUCGAUUAGGCAAACAAGCUAUGGAGUUACGUAAUGACAUCGAUCUCGCAAGUGAGCGUGUGUUCCAAGCCUCGCAAUCGCAAUCACAGCGUCUCUUCAAUCAACCGGGAAUCGAGCAUGGGAUUCACUCUAGAGACGAAGAUGUCGAAGACGGGCAGAUAGUUACGGCUGCUACUCCUGGUGAGUUCAAGAUCAAUUACCGGUAUAGACCUAACGAGCGCGUGCGGAAACGCCAGUUCUGCAGUAUGGCAGAGAGCAUGGGGUUUGAUGAUCCGGUUGAGUUUGCGUUGCUUGUGGAAAGUAGUACGCAGGAAGAGAGGAGGAAGAUGCUUGAGCGAUUCUAUCGGGGCCGGAGGAGGCGGAUAAUUAAAGAGCUUGGCGGUUCGAGGUAGUAGAGCCACGGAAAUAUUUGCGAGAGUGAAAGUCAAGAACGCGAUCUUACUUCGGUUUCUGCUGUUCGUUUUUUGCUAGUACUUCUGUACUGAUUCAGGCAAAGUUCACUGCUGAUGUUGAUGUUCAUCAAGUAAUGCUGAGGCUCCAUUGCAGCGUUUCGGAAUAGUUCCUUACCUACCCCACUUAUGACGGCACCUUAUCGGC